AUCACAGCAGAGCCCGGUAAAGAGGGCGGAGCAAAGUGUGUGUGCAGGAGAGGAGUCGAGCAGAGAGAGCUGCUUUUUCAUGAAACGGGAAUAAAGUAGUAAACAUAGGAACAAAUACCACUAUCAGCGUUUGGAUAUGCAUCGAUCUGCACACCCUUUGUCUCCUGGAUUGUAGCUCAGAUCAGCGUGAACCACGUGGGUCUCUGCUCUCUGAUCUGUUUCUUAAGACUUCCAGCUUCAUCACGGAGUUUCUCUCGGUUUGUGGGCUCAUCUAAAGCUGAGUAACAGCAGAAGAGUCUGGUGGAACAACAGGAACAAUUUCAGCCAUUUGGACUCAGCUCAGCCACUAUAGAGGAAAGAAUGACUUCAACACAGAAGGACCAACAUGGAGCGAGAAGUCAGUGCUCUCAGGAGGCCGACAAACCUCACAGAAAGGGAGAGAAAACCUAUAGCUGUGAUGAGUGUGGGAAGGAUUUUACCCGGAAUGACAGCCUAAAAACACAUCAACUCAUCCACAGUGGAGUUAAACCUUACAGCUGUGGUGAGUGUGGAAAGGCUUUUACUCAGGCUGGAAGCUUAAAAACACACCAACUCAUCCACAGUGGAGUUAAACCUUACAACUGUGACUUGUGUGGAAAGUCUUUUAACCGGGCUGGAAGCUUAAAAUUACACCAACUCAUCCACAGUGGAGUUAAACCUUACAGCUGUGAUGAGUGUGGGAAAGAUUUUACCUGGGCUGAAAGCCUAAAAAGACACCAACUCAGCCACCGUGGAGUUAAAGCGUACAGCUGUGACUUGUGUGGAAAGUCUUUUACCGAGGCUGGAGGCUUAAAAAAACACCAACUCAUCCACAGUGGAGUUAAAGCGUACAGCUGUUACUUGUGUGGAAAGUCUUUUUCACGGGCUGGAGGUUUGAAAACGCACCAACUCAUCCACAGUGGAGUUAAACCUUACAGCUGUGACCUGUGUGGAAAGUCUUUUACCCAGGCUGGAGGUUUACAAAGACACCAACUCAUCCACAGUGGCGUUAAAGCAUACAGCUGCGACUUGUGUGGAAAGACUUUUACCCAACCUAAGGACUUAAAAUCACAUUGUGUCAUCCACAGUGGAAUAAAACCAUACAGCUGCGACUUGUGUGGAAAGUCUUUUUCACGGGCUGGAUGCUUAAAAACACACCAACUCAUCCACAGUGGAGUUAAAGAGUUCAUCUGUGGCUUGUGUGGUAAAGCUUUUACUCAAAAUUGCCACUUAAAGAAACAUCUAGUUACGCACUCUGGAUUUAAGGCUUACAGCUGCGACUUUUGUGGAAAAACUUUCAACGACAAACACAAACGAAAGAAUCACCUACUGAUUCACACUGGAAAUGAUGUUUACUGCUGUGAUCAGUGUGGGAAACCGUUUCCAACAGAUGUACAGUUAAAACAACACAUGUUUAUCCACUCUGAGGAGAGACCUUAUAAAUGUGACCUGUGUGAGAAGACUUUUAAAUCUCCAUAUCACCUGAAAAGACACCAACAGACCCACACCAGAAAGCAACUCUACACAAAAUGAACAAAAUGAACUACUGCAAAGAAUGUGGGAGAGGCUUCCACACACCAAGUACAUUAAAAAUACAUGAACUCUUCCACACUGGGGUCACAAAGCACAUCUGUCACUAGUGUGGGUCAUCCUUAACCACUCCACGUGAGCUUAAAGAAAAAGCAUAAGCGAAUCCACACAGGAAAGACACCAUACAAGUGACAAAAGCUUCUCACAAUCAGAUCAUCGUAACAAACAUGAAUGUACACACAUGGAAGUAAACUUAAGCUGUGACCAGUGUGACAAGAUCUUCAGGAAUCUCAGUUCAUACUCCAAACACAAACGAUCCCACACUGUAAAUAAACUGUUUCACUGUUACCAAUGUGCAAAAACAUUCACUUCAUUAUCUG